CGCCCGUCGAACUCGUCCUUCUGCCGCUCGCGGCGGGGAGCCUCCCAGACGUCAGGGCCAAGCUCUCUCCGGCCGAGGCCAGCCCAGCCGCGGCUUCCGGAACCCGCGGGGCGGCGGACCGGCUUGCGGUGCAGAUUCUUCUUACUUCUUUGCUGCAAACUCCGUGACACGAGAUGGCUGCAAACAAGCCCAAGGGUCAGAAUUCUUUGGCCCUACACAAAGUCAUCAUGGUGGGCAGUGGUGGUGUGGGCAAGUCUGCUCUGACCCUACAGUUCAUGUACGAUGAGUUUGUGGAGGACUAUGAGCCUACCAAAGCCGACAGCUAUCGGAAGAAGGUAGUGCUGGAUGGGGAGGAAGUGCAGAUCGAUAUCUUGGACACAGCUGGGCAGGAGGACUAUGCUGCAAUUAGAGACAACUACUUUCGGAGCGGGGAGGGUUUCCUCUGUGUCUUCUCUAUUACAGAAAUGGAAUCCUUUGCAGCCACAGCCGACUUCAGGGAGCAGAUUUUAAGAGUAAAAGAAGAUGAGAACGUUCCAUUUCUGCUGGUUGGUAACAAAUCAGAUUUAGAAGAUAAAAGGCAGGUUUCCGUAGAAGAGGCAAAAACCAGAGCCGACCAGUGGAAUGUCAACUAUGUGGAAACAUCUGCUAAAACUCGAGCUAAUGUUGACAAGGUAUUUUUUGAUCUGAUGAGGGAAAUUCGAGCCAGAAAGAUGGAAGACAGCAAAGAAAAGAAUGGAAAAAAGAAGAGGAAAAGUUUAGCCAAGAGAAUCAGAGAAAGAUGCUGCAUUUUAUAAUCAAAGCCCAAACUCCUUUCUUAUCUUGACCAUACUAAUAAAUAUAAUUUAUAAGCAUUGCCAUCGAAGGCUCAAUUGACUGAAAUUACUUUAACAAUUUGGAAAUUGUCAUGUAUCACUAAAAGCAUGAAUUGGAACUGCACUGAAAGUCAAAUUCACUUUAAAAAAAAGAAAUUAAUGUGGCUUCACCAAGAAGCAAAGUUCAACUUCUUUCAUAAUUGCCUACAUUUAUUGCGGUCCUGAACGUAGCGUGUGGGCUUGUGUUUCGAGGGCAGUCUUUCUGGAACUGUUAGAGCUGAGAUGGGGUUGGGGGGAAGGGAGGAAAGGCUACUUCCUCUGGUUUAUUAUAAAGCUUAAAUUUUAUAUCAUUUUAAAAUGUCUUGGUCUUCUACUGCCUUGAAAAAUGACAAUUGUGAACAUGGUAGUUAAACUGUACCACUUUUUUAAACCAUUGUUAUGCAAAAUAUAGAAGCAAAGUUGUUGGCAUGAUUGUUGCAUAUAGUUCAAUUGAGAGUGAUUCAUCUGUGAACCUGCAUUAAUUACCUGGUGAUUAACGUGGAAAAGUGGUGUAAACUUGUACAUGGAAAUUUUUGAAUAUGCCUUAAUUUAGAAACCGAAAAAUACCCGGUGACAUCAUCCUGGGUGUGUCCUCACUGGUGCCGUGGGCCCAUCGCCCCGCGUGUCCUGGUGAGAAAAUUUGCCUGGUGUGGAGUACAACUUUUGUAUAGAAGAUUCGUAAAAAAAUAACCGUCUGCUAGGAUCUGUCCAAAUUUACAAUGUGUGCCAUACUCUGGUUCUUGAAAGUAAGGUUCCAGAGCACCUCGAUUACUUUUGACUAACUGUAAGGUAGUUUGCAAAAAAGGGCCAGCAUAUGCUUGUAAGAUACCUUGAGGCCGUGAGGAUUCAGCGCAGUCACGUUUCAGUGAUCCCUCUUUUUCUUUAAAAUGCUGGUGCCCGGAAAUCCCUUUCUGCAAGUGGUGAGCAUGUGUUAAGUUGUUGUUGGUCUCUCUGGAACAAGGGCACGGGAAGAACGUCGUUAGUGCAUUUUGCCCUGGAACACUUGGGGAAGGCGCGCAUGCUGGCCAGCUGGGCUCUGGGAGAGUUUUCAGGAGUCAUCACGAAGAACACCAGAGCCACAUUGUCCUGACAUUAACACCAGGCCGUCAGCCCCGAGUGUAGUGCAGGAAGCAUGUGUGGCAAACGCAGGCCGUUGUGUGGUGCGUCCCCUAGAAGAAAUCUAGCAUGCUAUCUGGGAACAUAAUUUCAACAGGAAAUACACUGCUGUCCAGAGUUUUCUUUUCUUCCUCGGAAUGGGUCUAAGAGAGUUGAUUCAACAAAGUUCGUCUUUCUCUUGGCUCAGUCCUAAUUUCAACAAGUCCAAGAUGUGUUCAGGCAUUCCAGGUAACAGGUGUGUACGUAAAGUUAACAAAAAUAGGCUUUUUAGGAACUCAGCUCUUUAGAUACUCCAUCUGGCUUGUCCUGUUAAAUAUUUGUCCUUAAAGGGUUGGAGAUGUACAUCUUUCAUUUCGUAUUUUUCAUAGGCUAUGCCAUGUGCAGAAUUUAAGUUACCCGUGUGACAGCCGCCCCGCGGGCCCAGCGAUCUCCGUGUGUACUCACUGCAGUCUCAUCUAACCAGGGGUCCUAACCACUAACAUUGUGACUUUGCUUUAGACCUUUCCUCUCCUGGGUACUGAGGUGCUAUGAAGCCAACUGACAAAGAUGCAUCACAUGUCUUAGGCUGAUGCCACUACCCAAAUGGUUUAUUUGCAAAAUUGAGCCAUUUAAAGACCAAUAAACUUCCUUUUUUUAAAUGCU